AUGCCUAGAGGACAGCCAAUGCAGACAGUGAGUCGACCGGCAAUUCCUACGCUAACCAUUACGAAAUCAACUGUGGCAAAUACGACUUAUGGAGAGGUUUCCAGGGGAAUUACCAUCAAAGGCGUAACCCAAAUUCAAGAACUUGAACCGAUUUAUACCGUGAAAGCGUUGCAGCAGCACCAGGAAAUAUUGAGCCAAGUCGGCUGUACACCAGACCUACAAACAAAGGUCAUCAAGCCGACGAUAGGAAGACCACCCCAGGCAAAGAGGAAGUUGGAUUUGGAUGCUACGGCAGCCAUGUUAGACGAUGGAUUUAAAAGUCCCCGUGGCGGAAGAAAGAAGCCCCGGCCCAGCCCUAAGGGAUCAGCUCAGUCGCCAGCUGAGAGGACUCGCUAUGAUACAUCGCUCGGCCUGCUAACCAAGAAGUUUGUUGGAUUACUACGCAGUGCUCCCGAGGGUGUUUUAGACUUGAACUAUGCCGCAGAGGUGUUAGAAGUGCAAAAAAGACGUAUUUACGAUAUUACCAAUGUAUUAGAAGGAAUUAAUCUUAUUGCCAAAAAAGCGAAAAAUAACAUUGAAUGGAAGGGCUCUAGUAAUUCAAUUGCAUCCAAUGGUCAAGAAGGAUCUGUUUGUGCGAGCUCUGUGGACUUGAACGCAGAAAUAUUUGACUUGGAAGCCAAAGAGAAUAGACUAGAUGAACUUAUCAAGAGUUGUACCUUACAACUGAAAAUGUUAACAGAAGACGCCAACAAUGGAAAAUAUCCUUUAU